AUGGUUCUUCCAAAGGAAAGCACAACACAUAAGAUCGGCAACGGCGGCGGCGGCGGUGGUCCGUGGAAAGCAGAGAAGGCUAUCGCCGGCAACUCAGAAGCUCUACAAGCUCUUCGGGAGCUCAUCUCUUACCCUAUACUCUACUCUCGCGAGUCCAAAAUACUCGGCCUAAAAUGGCCUCGUGGUUUGCUGCUAUACGGUCCACCAGGGACAGGGAAGACAAGCUUGGUUCGUGCAGUUGUUCGUGAAUGUGAUGCGCAUUUGAGUAUUAUUAGCCCUCAUUCGGUUCACAAAUCACAUGCAGGAGAAAGCGAGAAAAUCUUGAGGGAGGCUUUUGCUGAAGCAGCUUCUCAUGCCAAAUUGGGCAAACCUUCGGUUAUCUUUAUCGAUGAAAUAGAUGCGCUUUGCCCCCGUCGCGACUCAAGGAGGGAACAAGAUAUCCGAAUAACUUCUCAGUUAUUCUUGCUGAUGGACUCCAACAAACAUUCAUCAACAUCUGUAUCAAAUCUUGUGGUGGUUGCAUCAACUAAUAGAGUUGAUGCAAUUGAUCCUGCACUAAGACGUUCAGGACGUUUUGAUGCCGAGGUUGAGGUUUCCUCUCCUAAAGAAGAGGAACGCUUACAAAUAUUGACGCUCUAUGCAAAGAAGCUUUAUCAGGAUCCAAAUGUCGACCUAAAAGUUGUAGCUGCAUCUUGCAAUGGUUAUGUCGGGGCAGACUUGGAAGCUCUAUGUCGUGAAGCUGCCAUGUCAGCACUGAAAAACUCAUCAGAUAUGCAUCCAGAUGUUAAACGGUGUACUAUAACAAUGGAUGACUGGAAACAGGCUAGAACUGUGGUAGGUCCCAGUAUAACUAGAGGUGUCACUAUGGAAAUUCCAAAGGUCUCUUGGGAUGACAUUGGAGGAUUAAAAGAUGUGAAGAAAAAGCUUCAGCAAGCGGUUGAGUGGCCUAUAAAACACUCUUCUGUGUUUUCCAGACUCGGAAUAUCACCCAUGCGUGGCAUUCUUCUUCAUGGGCCCCCGGGUUGCUCGAAAACAACCCUCGCAAAGGCUGCUGCUUGUGGUGCCCAAGCUUCUUUUUUCUCAUUGAGUGGUGCAGAACUAUAUUCUAUGUAUGUUGGUGAAGGUGAAGCUUUGUUGCGUAAUACAUUUCGGAAAGCUCGUCUUGCUGCCCCAAGCAUUAUAUUUUUCGACGAGGCUGAUGUGGUUGCCGCAAAAAGAGGAGGAAACUCAAAUGGAAGCUCUACAGUUGGGGAACGGCUUUUAUCGACUUUGCUGACUGAAAUGGAUGGCUUAGAGCAGGCUAAAGGAAUUCUUGUUUUGGCCGCCACAAAUCGCCCUUAUGCAAUAGAUGCUGCAUUGAUGCGUCCCGGUCGAUUUGAUUUAGUUCUUUAUGUCCCCCCACCCGAUCGUGAGGCCAGACACGAAAUUCUACGCGUGCACACGCGCAAAAUGAAAAUCAAAGACGACAUCAAUCUUGAAGAAAUAGCGCGAGAUACCGAGCUCUUCACAGGUGCUGAGCUGGAGGGUCUCUGCAAGGAAGCCGGCAUAGUCGCUCUACGAGAAGACAUAUCGGCCACAGUCGUACGAGACCGGCAUUUUCGGGUCGUGAUGAGAUCGUUAAAACCGGGACUAACCGAAAGAGAAAUUGAGUCUUAUGCCUCGUUUAUGAAGAAUACCUCUCUAAGGCCGAAACAUUCGAGUAUAACUGAGCUGGGUUCACAUGGAGAUACUUGGAGCGCCAAAAGCGUAUUUUUUGUGGUAGCUUCAGUUGUGGCUGGUUUUGUAGGUAGUGUGGUUUUGUACUCUGGUUUGAUGGGUACUUCUGUUGAUGCAGAAGGUACCACUGUUCAGCUGGUGAGGACAUGA